UCCACACUGCUGUUGCCAUGGCAACCGUGGCUCCUCCCUCCUUCUUGCUGCUGUGCUGGCUCCUCCAAAUGACAAGCUCGGCGUUCCCCGAGGAACCGGGGCCUCUCAACUUCAUCCCAGCUGAAGUGGUGAGACGGUACCCGGUGUUUCUCGGCCGACCCCACCGAACAUGGCUGAGGCAGGAACCUUUGCACAUUCAGAGGAUCCUCCAAGUCAACCGGACACUCUACAUCGGAGCCAGAGAUGACCUUUUCCGUGUGGAGCUGGACAUCAUUGCAGGAGAUGAGAUAUUCUACAGCAAGAAAAGAACAUGGGAAUCAAACAAGAACGACAUCAGGAUCUGCAGGAUGAAGGGCAAACACGAGGAUGAAUGCCGUAACUUCAUGAAGGUGCUGCUGAGCAGACAGGGAGGCCUGUUUGUCUGUGGUACAAACGCCUUUAACCCGCUGUGUGCCAACUACACUGGUGACACUCUGGAGAUGGUAGGAGACACAGUGAGUGGAAUGGCAAGAUGCCCCUAUGACCCCAAACAUGCCAAUGUGGCUUUGUUUGCAGAGGGGAAUCUGUUUACAGCCACGGUGACAGACUUCCUGGCCAUUGAUGCGGUGAUCUACCGAAGCCUUGGGGACAGUCCCGCUCUGCGCACCGUCAAGCACGACUCCAAGUGGUUCAGAGAGCCGUAUUUCAUCAGUGCUGUGGAGUGGGGGCCUCACAUUUACUUCUUCUUCAGGGAGAUAGCCAUGGAGUUCAAUUACCUGGAGAAGGUGGUGGUGUCCCGUGUGGCUCGGGUGUGUAAGCGGGAUCAAGGCGGGUCUCAGCGCGUCCUGGAAAAGCAAUGGACGUCGUUCCUGAAGGCUCGCUUGAACUGCUCUAUCCCUGGAGACUCUCACUUCUACUUUAACCUUCUCCACUCCACAAGCCCCAUCAUCAGGAUGCACGGCCGGGACAUCAUCCUGGGGGUGUUCUCCACACCGGCUAAUAGCAUACCGGGCUCAGCGGUGUGCGCCUUUGACAUGGAACAGCUGGCUGCUGUGUUUGAUGGGCGAUUCAAGGAACAAAAAUCACCAGAGUCAAUUUGGACACCUGUUCCUGAUGAAGUCAUCCCAAAGCCAAGGCCUGGUGGCUGUGCUGUUCAGGGUUCCAGGUUUAACUCCUCCAACUCCUUUCCGGAUGAGAUGCUCAACUUUGUCAAGACCCAUCCACUGAUGGAUGAAGCUGUCCCGUCGCUCGGGCAGAGACCUUGGAUAGUCAGGACCAUGGUCAGGUACCAGCUGAAUAAGAUCGUGGUGGAUACAGAAGCCGGGCCCUACAGGAACCGGACUGUCCUGUUCCUCGGCUCCAGCAGAGGCACCGUCCUGAAGUUCCUCAUUAUGCCCAAUCAGGACAACACUGUCACCAACACCAACAUCUUCUUGGAGGAAUUAGAAGGAUUCAACUUGGAAAAGUGCGCUGAAGACACUCCUCAGGCCAGGCAGCUGUUGUCUCUGACACUGGACAAGGCGAGCCACACUCUGCUCCUGGCCUUCCCCUCUUGUGUGGUCAGAGUGCCAGUGGCGCAAUGCCAGCUCUACUCCCGAUGCAUGAAGAAUUGUAUUGCAUCCAGGGAUCCUUACUGUGGCUGGACCAGAGGAAGCACCUGUUCUUUCCUCAGGCCUGGAACCAGACUGCCGUUCGAGCAAGAUGUCGAACAGGGGAAUGUGGCCCACUUGGGUGACUGUGAUGGCACACUUCUCCAAGAGACCUUCAUCGACGAGCCUGACGGCCUGGUUUCUGUCAACCUGCUGGUGGUGUCUGCCGUUUCAGCCUUCUCAACAGGUGCCAUUAUCUCGGGUCUCAUCGUCUGCUGGAUUAUGAGUCACCGCCACCGCCGCUCCCGUGGCUCUGGAGCCAACGGCACCCGCCGAAAAGGUGACAAAGAGCAGAGCAUGCUGGGGCAGGGCCGCAGUGGCUCAGUAAUGAGUGUGACAAGAACCAGUGGCGGUGAGAGACGUCGGUCACAGCCGGAUAGCCUCUUUGUCACGCCCAACGGCUGGCCUAAAGGAGAGAUGGACCCAGGAUUGUUGCCCACGCCAGAGCAAACGCCGCUGCAGCAGAAACGGGCCAUGCGUCUUCCAGACACCGACUGGGACCAGAGCCAAACCUUCCUCACCGCCAUGGGGACGCCAUGCCCCAACAGCUCUGUCAUCUACUUGAGCUCAAAGUUCCUGCACGGUGGUGGAGGAGGCGGAGGGAUGGUGCGGAUUGAUGACCCGGGAGAGGUCGUGCUGCCCCUGCACGCGGAGCGUCAGCGCUACCUGAUCCUGGCCACCCAGAGAGGCGAGCACGGAGGCAGCGGUCCCGGCACAUUGAGGAACAUCGGUAUAUUCUCUACUCCCCAACAACAUACCCAUUUUCAGCACCGGUGGAGCCACGAGGCCAACUACAACAGCAACAACGCGCCGUAUCUCUCUCAGCGCCACGGCCUCAUCAGGCCAGACAUGCAUGGGCCUCGAGUACUGGCAGAACUGGCUGAAUUCAGUCAUCUUCUUGGGAAAAAUGGAGAGCGCACCCCUAGUGGCCAGCCAGUGAGCUAUACAGCAAGAGCCCGGAUACAAAGCGCUCCAAAAAAUAAAAAAUAGAAACCCCAGUUCCUCCAAAAAGUAAAACUGGAAUAACUACACCCCCCCCCACCCCCCAACCUACACCCUCUGUCCUCUCUCAGCUGUCAUUCAAUGUUCUGACGUCAUUCAGCCGAAAUGAAAAGAGAGAGAGAAAGAGGAAUAAAGAGAGUUAAAAAUGAGGAAAACUCUCAAUCUGAGGUGGACCCCUCGGACACCACGGGGCGGCGAUGGAGGUGAGAGGGGCCAAGAGUUACACACACAGUGUGGAAAACAAACAAACAAACAAGCUUGCAACACCAAAUGUCCACCACUUUGUUUACUCUUUUGACACUAUGAACCGUGUGUGACAUUUUGUUUCUGCUUUAGAUUUUUGUGCCAUUUUGUGUGCAUCCGGCAGACAAACAAUGUGCUUUGUUUUGGAUUUCAGAUGAGCUCAGACUGAAACUGUUGUAGCCGCGCCAGAGGGCCGUGACUCUUGUCAUGCAGUGUGUGCAUGAAUGUUUAUGUAUGCACAUGUGUGUAUGUGCGUGUGUGGCCACAACAACCCCAAUCAUUUGUCCCGUCUUAACUGUGAACUCCAUAAUGAGACAUCCCUAAGGCUGAAGUCUAUUUUUAUUUCAACGUUAUUUUUUUUAAUCAUUAUUUUUCUGGUGCACAAGCAAUCAAGAGACAGACGCUUUGUAAUGUGUCUGUAUUUUAAAUUAUUUGUGGAGGGAGGGAGAUAUCUACUCUCAGAAGCAGGAUUGGAUGCCUCCACCAUAAAGGAGUUAUAAGCAAUAAUAAGUAAACAUAAGGCAAUGGAGAAGACAACGGCUGAGCAUGACAUUUUAAAGGGGUCAUAUUAUCCAAACUCUGUGUAUUUGUCAUUAGAGUACAUAUAGUUUGACUUUCAGAUUCAAUAUCCUCAAAUUUCCAACACUCUGUGCUAGUUAUUAUAAAAGCUAUUGCGCUCUAAGGCAAAUUUAGGUUUAAAAACGCGCAUUUUACACUUCUGUGACGUAUGUCAGGGAAGUUAAUUUGGGAUAUCUUGCUUUGAGGCAUGACCACUCAAUUAGGAUGCACUAGGUUGCAUGCACCUGCAACAUAGUGCAGUGAGAGACAGAGAAACACCACCUAUCCAGCAGCAGCGGGAAAGAGGCGUGGCCAGAUACACCUUUCGACUUCAGGCAACAGGCAGAGAAAUAAGUUGUUUCUUAGAGACCUGAUGUAGGCUUAUUUAAUUUAAAUGAUGUAUCACAUGCUGCUGAUCAGGGUGGUGACAGCAGAUGUGGAUUUACACUACAAGGAGAUUUGGCAUGGUGAGCUUUGAACUCAUUACCUUCUGUUGUAUCACUGUCCUGCCCAUGAUGAUGAAUAAUGAAGUAUGUUUAAUAUUCACACACAAUACAAUAUAUGUCAGGAUUCAAU